GGGAGGAGACGCGAGCAGUCGCCGCUGCCUGCAGAUCCUCGCGUACUGUGUGACCAGCCGCGCUCCAGCUCGGCUCCCCGGCUCCUCGAGAUGCUGUCUUGCCGCCUCCAGUGCGCGCUGGCCGCGCUCUCCAUCGUCCUGGCCCUGGGCGGUGUCACCGGCGCGCCCUCGGAUCCCCGACUGCGCCAGUUUCUGCAGAAGUCCCUGGCUGCUGCCGCAGGAAAGCAGGAACUGGCCAAGUACUUCUUGGCAGAGCUGCUGUCUGAACCUAACCAGACAGAGAACGAUGCCCUGGAACCUGAAGAUUUGUCUCAGGCCGCUGAGCAGGAUGAGAUGAGGCUGGAGCUGCAGAGAUCCGCGAACUCGAACCCGGCCAUGGCCCCGCGCGAGCGCAAGGCGGGCUGCAAGAAUUUCUUCUGGAAGACUUUCACGUCCUGCUAGCUCUAUCAGUUAUUGUCGUCUAUACCAGACCUCUGAUUCCUUCCUCCAAACCCCACUUCUCCUCCUUAACCCCUCACACCCUCAGCAAGACCCUUGCAUUAGAAAUUGAAGGUUGUAAAUAUAAAAUAAAACUAUGAUGAAAUUAUG